GAAAAUUUAUCAUUUCAAACCUCUCUGGAUAUGAAUAAAAGAGAUUAUAAUAUUUCUAAAUAUCUUUUUAAAAAUAUGUAAAUAUUGUUGAAAAUAAGGAGUCACAUUAUUGAAAGAAAUAUUGAGAUGUCAGAAAUCAUAGCUAUAAUAGCUUGUAUUUCAUUUUCUGCCUGGAGGGACUACAGGGGGAUCAUAUAUAAUACCAAUAAGAGAAUGUCAAAAUAACAGUUAUGUUGUAAGUAAAGUAUUACUUACAACACUAUCCCAAUCCUUUUACCAGUGGUAAGGGAUUGUGUCAAGACCAAGUAUUCCGAGCAAUCUUCCUCUGUUGAAAAUUGAUUUGAAUAUGUUUUCUUAAUCCUAGAUAAUCUUUUUGAUCAGGACAGAAGGUAAGAGAAUUGGAAGGAGGAAAGAAAGAAAAAUAUCAGAUUUAUGACUAGUCCUUGAGUGGAUCUUUGAUGUAUGGAGAUUGACAGAAUGUGUUCUAUGCAAACAUGCAUUUUAUCUGUGGUCUUAGCCUCUGUUCACUCCAUCCAUGCUUUAUUAUUCUUUUAGUUUUCUGUUCUCCCCACAGAUAAAAAGGCCAUUUCCCAAAAUUUACUUAACUUCAUCUCCCUCUUCUGCUUUCUUGCAGUUAUGCCUUGCAGUUUUCUCUUAAAUGACACAUGGAGAAUCAAACCACAGUGUCUUAUUUUCUGCUCCUGGAAUUAUCAAAAAAUCGGCAUCUGCAGCUUUUUUAUUUCUUCUUGUUCCUUGUGUUAUACCUGGCAACUCUAGCAAUAAAUCUUCUCAUCAUCUCUGCUAUAACUUUAGACCAUCGACUACAAGGACCCAUGUACUAUUUUCUAAUGAAUUUGGCUGUGCAAGAUCUGGGCAUUGUUUCAGUUAUUGUCCCCAAAUCCAUGAACAAUUCUCUCAUGGAUACCAGACACAUCUCCUAUUUUGGUUGUGUUGCUCAAAUCUUUCUCCUUCUCUCCUUCGAAGGUGCUGAUUAUUCCCUUCUGACUGUCAUGGCUUAUGAUCGAUAUGUUGCCAUUUGCCAUUCUCUGCACUAUGAAAUGAUGAUGAACCAAAAAGCCUGCACUGAAAUGAUAAUUGCAGUGUGGAUUGCAGGUCUUCUCUAUGGAACAAUACAUAGCAUUGGCACCUUUUCCACUCCGCUUUGUUCAAAUGUUAUCAACCAAUUCUUUUGUGAAACUCCACAGCUGCUAAAACUAUCCUGCUCUGGCUUCAAUCUACUAGAAGUUGGAAUCAUUUUGGCUUGUAUCACUGCUGCACUAGGUUGUUUUAUUUUUAUGAUUAUAUCUUAUGCAGUGAUCUUUAGGGCAGUGUUAAGAAUGCCUUCUGAUCAAAGUAAGCAAAAAGCCCUAUCCACUUGUAUUCCUCACCUUAUAGUAGUAUCUAUGUAUUUAUUAAGUGGAUGUUUUGCCUAUGGGAGACCUCCCUCUAACACACCAUCUUAUUUAGAUUUUGGGUUUACUGCUCUGUAUUCCCUUCUUCCACCCCUGUUCAAUCCAAUCAUCUAUAGCAUGAGAAAUAAGAAUAUUGGACGUGCGCUUUCUCAACUGUGGAGAUUCUAACAAUUUUUUCUAAUGUUGUUUUUAUUCUGUUCAGCACAGAUUUGUAUUUUUCUGGCAUUUCUUUUACUUCUAUAAAUAAAGGAUUAAAGUAGAAA